GUCCCAUAUAUACUCGUUCGCUCGCCAUCACUACUACCUCCACGGGCUGUAAAUCUCUCUCUCCGAAUCCAUCCUGUCCUUACCCACAAAAGAUAUACCCCUCGAAACCUUCUAUCAAUAUGGGCUCCCUCGGAUCGACCAAAGACUUUGAUGUCUUCAAUGGUUUCUACAACACCAUCAAUGGCAAGCUGACCACCACCGAAAAGACCAGACACGGCACCAACCCUGCCACGGGCAAGCCCCUCGCUGAAGUCCCAGUGUCGACGCAGCAGGAUGUAGACGAUGCUGUUGCUGCCGCCAAGGCCGCUUUCAAGACCUGGUCUAAGGUGCCUCUUGCUGAUCGUCAGAAGGCUGUCAAGGACUUUGCCGAUGGCCUUGAGAAAUACGUUCCAGAGUUUGGCAAGUUGCUCACAUCUGAGCAGGGUAAACCCAACCAAUUCGCCGUCGGAGAGAUUCAAACCGGUGUACACUGGCUCCGUGCUCUGGCCGACAUCAAGUUUGAUGAACAGGUUGUUCAAGAGGAUGACGACAAGCAAGUCAUUGUCCGAUACACACCCCUCGGUGUGACGGUUGGAAUCGUUCCCUGGAACUUCCCUGUCCAUCUCGCCUGCGGCAAGAUCGCCCCCUCUGUCAUCACUGGAAACCCCAUCAUCAUCAAGCCUUCUCCAUUUACCCCCUAUUGCGACCUCAAGCUCGGCGAGCUGGCUCAGCAAUAUUUCCCCCCUGGUGUUGUCCAGGUUCUCAGCGGUGAUGAUAACCUCGGCCCAUGGCUGACUGCCCACCCUGGCCCAGACAAGAUCAGCUUCACUGGUUCAACUUUCACCGGUAAGAAGGUGAUGGAGAGUGCUUCCAAGACCUUGAAGAGAGUUACUCUUGAGUUGGGUGGAAAGGAUCCUGCCAUUAUCUGCAAGGACGUCGAUAUUGCCACUGUCGCCCAGAAGAUUGGCACACUUGCCUUCCUCAACUCCGGCCAGAUCUGCUUGGCCAUCAAGCGUAUCUACGUGCACGAAGACAUUUACGAGAAGUUCCGCGAGGCCAUUGUGGCUUUCACCAAGACCUUGAAGGUCGGCGAAGGAAACGAGGAGGGUGUUUUCUUGGGACCCAUCCAGAACUCGAUGCAAUAUGAAAAGGUCAAGACCUUCUUCUCCGACAUUGAGAAAGAGAAGUGGAAUGUCGCAGUUGGCGGCAAGAACGAGGAUAAGCCCGGUUAUUUCAUCACACCCACCAUCAUUGACAAGCCCGCCGACGACUCUCGCAUUGUCACCGAAGAGCCAUUCGGACCUAUUGUUCCUCUCUUGACAUGGAAGGACGAGGACGACGUUAUUGCUCGUGCCAACAACACCAAGAUGGGUCUCGGCGCCUCAGUCUGGUCCAACGACUUGGAACAAGCUAGCAGAUUAGCGAGACAGCUUGAGGCCGGCAGCGUGUGGGUCAACACCCAUCUCGAGGUCGACCCCAAUGCGCCUUUUGGAGGCCACAAGGAGAGUGGUGUUGGCUCCGAAUGGUCCAUCUCAGGCCUUCGAAGCUUCUGCAACUCUCAAACCUUGUACUUGAAGAAGCGUGCCUAGAUAGAUUGGGAUCUUUAUUGGGUCGAGCAGUUUUAGCCUAGGUUCUAAAUAGUUCUUAUAAGGACGCUCAAUCCCCAGACAGAGUUCUCUUCUGUCUAGCAACAACUAAUGCUAGCCUAUCUCGACUUA